UUUCCCGCGGUCAGCAGAGACUCUUGUCAAACAGUAACAUCCAUGAAACGUUAAAAAAACAGCGGCAGUGCUUCUGCUCCGGGUGUGUUUACUGAUACACACCCUCAUUUCGUUUAAUCUCGAUUACCGCACGCAUUCCUCUAACAGAGUGAGACAUCGCCGUUUAUAUAGACGAUCUUCGGCCCCACACGCCCAGCCUCAGCACCAGCGCAUCUCCUCUCCGCGGGGUGCCUCCUCCUUCUUUCGGCACCAGCAUCACAGGAACCCUGACAGACACACAGACGGAGGGAGGGAGGGACGAGGCCUCGGUGAUCGCGCUCCCCGCUCCAGAGUUCGGUUCCUCGCGGUCCGUUAUGUCUUUGAGCCUGCUCCCCGUCUCGCUAUGCCUGAACGACACCCACCGCCGCUGCUCCUCUUCCUGCCGUCGCUGCUGCUGAUCUCCUGCCUGAAUGGGGCGGCGAGGGCAGCAGCGGCACUGGAGGAGGGCGGCGGCCUCACGGCCGGGGCCGGAGACCCGUCCGGCACCGACACCGCUGCCUCGGGCCGAGCGGCCACCCUCUCGGCUCUAUCAGCAGAGCCUCAGUUUGCCCUGAAGGUCCUGGUGAGAGAUCUGGUGACCCGCCAGCCCCUGUCGGGGGCUUCAGUGGACGUCUACGUCAACCACACCUUGAGGAGUUCUGCCCAGACCGGGGAGAUCGGGGAGGUUCUGCUCUGGGUGGCGUACAGCCCAGGCCUCGGUCUGACCCUGCUGGGCAGCAUGGAAGGCUAUGUGCCCAGCCUGCUCCCCUGGAGCACCAAUAAGAGACCAAUUUUCUCCUCUGUCACGUUGCUGUUGCUCCCUCACAGUCAGGGGAACAUCUGGCUGUUUGAAGACUCUGUGCUCAUCACCGGGAAGGUACCUGACAGCUCAUCACAGCCGAUGGUGAAGUUCCCAAAGAACAUUCUCACAAUCCCAGAUAAGACCAACAUGUCUUCGGUGAUGGCGUACCUGACUGUACCACAUCCUCACCUGGCGAAGGACUGCACCAACUGCACUCCGGGCUUCAUCAGCAACAAAUCAGUUUUCAGAAGUAUUGAUCUGAAAGCCGUGGCAGCCAUCAGCGUCCUGCUGUACUCCAGCGGCGAGGAGCUACAGGUUCGAGGACCCAUCCAGAUCAGUCUGCCGCUGGGCCACCACACACACCUCAGGGCCUCUGAUACUGUGCCAGCCUGGGCCUUCAACCAGAAGACAGGUGGCUGGGAGAAUCAUGGCCUGGGAAUAGUUAAAACGGUUGGAAACGAGCUGGUUUGGACUUACACUGCUUCCCAUCUGGGCUACUGGAUCGCCGCCCCUCUGCCUUCAUCAAGAGAUUAUCUGGGACAUGCAAACUCUUUGGAUUUCCUAUCUUACCAUACCUACCUGUUGGUAGGAAUACUGGGUGGAACUCUGGCCAUAGUGAUCGGAUUUCUGUCCUUGCUCCUGUGCCACUGUGGAGGUUCUUAUCGUGAGCCCAGAAGGAGGAGAGCGCGUUUUUCCAAAUUGACGGUUGUAAAGAAAGACCAAACCACCUCCACCCACAUGGAAGAGGGCUUGUUGUUCCGAUCAGGCGACAACAGCCUCGCCACCUGCAGCGUCCAGUGCGAACCGUCAUCUACUCCAAGGCACAAAGCCAACUAUAACAUCUACGUGGAGGAUCCAGGGACUCGUCCUGCGGCACCGCUUUAUGAAAACAUCACUCCAGAUCGGUUGAAGGGUCCUCAGCCGUCACCUCACUACAUCAACAGUGAAGAGGUGUCUCGACUAAGGGAGAAGUCGGAGCAGAACCGGGCCAACAUCAACUGCGACAACUUCUUUCAGGAUAAGCUGGUCCAUAUCUACAACCAGCCAGUGGCCAUUAUUCCCGCUCCCGAGCUCUUCAGUGCUCAGGAGCAGCAGCUACCGGGCUGCAAGUCCGCCACCUUCCCCCGCAACGGAAGUGAGUAUGAUGCUCACUCAGAGCCUGCAAGUAAAGACAGCUACACCCAGACACUACCCAAAGUUCCUCACCACCACUCACAAGGUGGGAGCAGCCCACAGCAGAGUAGCCAAGAUGAUCCCCAGCCUCUGGAGACGCCCCCUCAGGGGCAAGGCCCUAACAGUGUGUGGGGACGCUACAGUAACCUCCUUGAAUCCUCCGUCUCUGUGCCUGGGACUCUUAAUGAGGCAGCUGGCAUGGAGGGCUUCAACACCGGGCACGGCGUGCCCAGUGAGUUGCAGGGGAUUUCAGAGCGCACCUUGCUGGAGCUGACGCGUGGCAAGUCCUUGUCGUCUCACCCCAGAGCCUGGUUUGUCUCCUUAGACGGGAAGCCAGCAGCCCAGGUUCGCCACUCCAUCAUUGAGCUCCAGAGCCACCACCGCCCGCCGAGCAGCAACGACACCAGCCUGGACUCAGGGGUGGACAUGAACGAGCCUCAGCAAAGCAUCCGCGAGACGGAGCGUGACCGACCUUCUAUCAGGGCUUCUUCCCUGCCGCACCACAGCCGAGGCGGGCGGUAUGGUGAAGAGCAGGACCUGAGCAGCAGUGAGAGUGGCACCACUGCUACCUGCACACCAGAGGACCCGUCCCUGAGGAACAUUUUAGAUGGGAGCAGUGGGGCCAUUCCAAAUAUUCCCGAAGAGCGUGAUGGGAUGGAUACAUCCAGCGCUCAGGAGGACAGUGAAUCAAGAGGUACACCACCUCCACGGCGCCUGAGGAAGGUGAGGGAGAAGGGAAGACGGAAAAGAGGAGCGCCAAGCACAUCCGGGAGGGCAGACCUCUGACCAAGAGAAGCUAAAGCUUCUCAGGCUCAUUU